CUGGUAUGGGAGGAGGUCCAUUGGGGAGGCGGUGACACCGUGAGUUACUGCACUGGGUGACUGGUUUCACGGGCACGUUCUACAUGCAUGUGCUGUUGCUUUAGUUUAUACUGGUGUUUUUAUAGUUGUUGAUUUUGCCAAAUUUUCUGGUGUUUUAGCUUCAGUGGGGCAGGGAGGGGAGUAGUCAGUGGUGGACUGGGGACUUUCACCCUUUUGCAAUAAGGAGUGUUGCCCACCUCCUGGGAACCUCCACAAUACUUGUGCAGAAGAAGGAAAUCAGCACUUGCCUUUAGCAGAGAAAUUGAAACUCAAAUUCACAUGGAAGGUGAAGACCAGUUACUAAGGCAACAGUUUGGUGCAUGUGAGGGGGAGGUCACAUAAUGCGAUGCAGGUCAGAACCCUGUGCGUGUGGAGGUUAGUCUCUCAAACUAGUCUGUCUAGUCAUCAGUCUGUCUCCUGCACUCCUACCAGAUAUCACGCCAGGAACUGAGUAUGGACAGUGGAGUGAAUACAAUAUCUCUGUCCUCACGGAGUUGACAAUCUAGUGGGGGAGACAGUUACAGAACCAAACAGGAGAGGCACCUACCCCAGACAUGGAGGAGGAGCCCUGAAGACUGAAUAGGAGCUAGUCCUGUGGAAAGGGGAGGGUCAGGAGACCCCUGCAGAGGGAACAGUGUACACAAAGAGGCUGGUUCUGGUUUGCAGGGGCCUUCCUUCCCUCCAGGGUGGGGGCACCUGGAGCAGUUGGAACUGGAAAGGAGUAGCCUUAGAGGCAAUGCAGGCCACCUCUCACUGUAUCCAGAGGGAGACGGAGGCCCAGGGAGCACAAGGGCCUCACCCUAGGUUGCAUCGGCAGUGAGCAGCAGAGCCAGGACCAGAACUCAGGUCACUGGUUCCCAACCUUAGAUCUUUUCUCCACAGAUUCCAAGAAGUAUCAACAUCACCUUUGCAGACUGGUUUUCAAAGUGCUUUCCCAUUGGUGAUCAUGUUUGACUCUCACAAAGACUCUGUAAAGAAGGAAGAAUUCUACCCAUUUCUCAGAGUUAGGAAACUGAGGCUCAGUUUGUUGACCAAGUGAAUGAAUGAGCCAGUUUCUAUGUGUUCACCCAGCUCAUAGUAGGCAUAGCCAGGCAGAACGUUUUGGCUAUAAGCCAGGGUUUUGUCCACACACUACCUAAAGUGUGUCCCUGCUCUAGACAGGGGAGCCCGCUGAGCAUCAGGACAAAAUCCUAGUUGUCUUACCUGUUAAAUCAGUUUCAAGAAUUUAAAAAACUAUUUUUAUUGUUACUAUUAUGAGUAGUAAUACCUUUGUGUUGUAAAUUUUUUUUAAUAACUUCUUCAAGUCACUUUCGUAGACCUAAUCUUUGUUUGCAGCCACUGGGUGAGAUUAAGUGACGUUGUUAUUUCACAGAUGGGAAGACUGAGACAUAGGUGUUUUAACUGACUUGCCAGUUUGAGGCCAAUCCCAGCUGAGAAUUCAGGUUUCUCCUCUCCUAGCCCAGUGCCUGUGAUCUGUGGUAGAAUGUGUGCAAGUGUACCAAACUAGUUGCCGUCAGGUGAACUCCACCUCAUGGUGAUGCCAUGUGUAUCAGAGUAGAACUGUGCUCCAUAGGGUUUUUAGUGGCUGCUUUUAUUGUAAGUAGAUGACCAGACCUUUCUUCUACGGUGUCUCUGGGUGGACUUGAACUUCCAUCCUCUCAGUUAGCAGCCAAGUGCAUUAACCAUUUGCACCACGCAGGGACUCCGCAUGCAAGUCUAGGGGUUUAUAAAACAAUGGUCUGUGUUCUUAAGAUGAGAGAGCAUCUGUGUCCCUGGCCAGGAGAUUCCCAGCCCGACACUGAGUUGUUACAGUGUAUGUGGCAUACAGGUCACACUGAUCUAAACUCCAAGAAUACUAACGAGUUUCAUCUUUGUCCCCCACCUCUUCCACUCACCUCCUCCUCAUGCCCUGGAGUAGCCUACCCGGGCUUCUCUCACUUGCUCCAGGACCUGAUGUCAGAGACCAUGGACCAGCUGGCUGGGAGGCCUGGAAACCCAAGGCCAGGAGAGGGGGGUGAUGGCGGCAUGGAGCCAGGCACCUGCCAGGAGCUUCUGCACCGACUGCGGAAGCUGGAGGCAGAGAACUCGGCACUUGCCCAGGCCAACGAGAACCAGCGGGAGACUUAUGAGCGCUGUCUGGACGAGGUUGCCAACCACGUGGUACAGGCACUGCUGAACCAGAAGGACCUGAGAGAGGAGUGCAUCAAGCUGAAGAAGAGGGUGUUUGACCUGGAGCGGCAGAACCAGAUGCUGAGCGCCCUGUUUCAGCAGAAAUUCCAGCUUACAGCAGGCUCCCUUCCUCAGAUCCCACUCACCCCACUCCAGCCACCGUUGGAGCCACCAGCCUCCCCCUCCCUGAGCUCCGCCGAGGGACCAGCCACCUUGCUGCCUGUGGGGCGCUGUGCUGGGCAGAGAGAGGUGUGCUGGGAACAGCAGCUGCGACCAGGAGGCCCGGGACCCCCGGCCACCCCACCCCUGGCGCUGGAUGCCCUAUCCCCAUUCCUUCGGAAGAAAGCCCAGAUCCUGGAGGUGCUGAGAGCCCUGGAAAAGACUGACCCAGUGCUUCUGUGCUCACCUGCCACCCCCUGGCAGCCCCCAGGCGAGGGGCCUGGCUCUCCAGAGCCCAUCAAUGGCGAGCUGUGUGGCCCGCGCCGGCCUGAACCCUCGCCCUGGGCCCCCUACCUGCUGCUAGGCCCUGGCAGCUUGGGAGGCCUGCUGCACUGGGAGCGCCUCCUGGGGGGCCUGGGAGAGGAAGACGGUACUGGGCGGCCUUGGGGCCCUAGUAGGGGACCUCCCCAGGCCCAGGGCUCCAGCUCUGGUCCACCCUGUGCCCCAGGCAGCAGCUCCUCCUCCUCUUCUGAUGAGACAGGUGACCCCAUUGAGGCAGCCAGCCCCGACACCCUGCUUGGUGCCCUGGCUCGAAAACAAUUGAACCUGGGCCAGCUCCUUGAGGACACAGAGUCUUACCUACAGGCCUUCCUGGCGGGGGCUGCAGGCCCACUCAACGGGGACCACCCAGGACCUGGGCAGACAUCCUCCCCAGACCAGGGGCCCCCACAGCUGUCCAAGUCCAAAGGCCUCCCCAAGUCAGCUUGGGGUGGGGGUACCCCAGAGGCCCACAGGCUGGGCUUUGGUGCUACCUCAGAGGGCCAGGGACCCCUCCCCUUCCUCAGCAUGUUCAUGGGUGCGGGGGAUGCCCCCCUGGGCUCACGGCCUGGCCACCCCCAUUCCUUAUCUCAGGUGAAAAGCAAGCUCCAAAUUGGCCCGCCUUCUCCUGGAGAAGCCCAGGGACCCUUUCUGCCCUCUGCAGCCAGAGGUCUAAAGUUCCUAAAGCUGCCUUCAGCCUCAGAGAAGGUCCCCAGCCCAGGAGCCCCCCAGCUCAGCCCCCAGCUCCCCCGGAACUCCCGAAUCCCCUGUAGAAAUGGUGGCUCAGAUGGGAGCCCCUCCCCACUGCUGGCCCGCCGGGGUCUUGGGGGAGGAGAGCUGUCCCCUGAGGGGGCACAGGGCCUGCCCACCAGCCCUUCACCCUGCUCCUCAACCCCAGACUGUGCACAGCUCAGACCCCCCCAGCCAGCCUUGUCCACCACACUGUCCCCAGGGCCGGUGAUAUCUCCCUGCUACGAGAACAUCCUGGACCUUUCCCGGGGCACCUUUAGGGGGCCUUCCCCAGAGCCCCCUCCAUCCCCACUGCAGGUGCCCGCCUACCCACAACUGACUCUAGAGGUGCCACGGGCCCCUGAGGUCCUCAGAAGCCCUGGAGUCCCUCCCAGCCCUUGCCUCCCAGAAUCUUGCCCCUUUGGGAGCCCCCAGGAGAAGAGCUUGGACAAGGCAGGCUCGGAGUCCCCUCAUCCUGGCCACAGGACCCCAGGCAGCUCAUCCAAGAAAUCUGGCCAGGGGGCAGGGCGGCGACCUGGGGAUCCUGGCUACACACCCUUGCGGGACAGACUGGCAGCCCUGGGGAAACUGAAGACAGGCUCCGAGGGGCCUCUAGGCACAGAAAAGAAUGGGGUGCCAGCCAGGCCUGGCACCGAGAAGGCCCGGGGACCAGGGAGGUCAGGGGAGAGCACUGGAGACAUGGUGACUUCCACCUCCAGGCCCCCUGAGCAGCCAGAAGCUAAGGGGUUGCUGCGGGGCACAGUGGCCUUAGGCACAAGCAGCCUGAAGCAGCAGGAACCCGGGCUCCUAGGGGACCCUGGGGCCCGAGUCUACUCCUCCCACUCCAUGGGGGCCCGGGUAGACCUGGAUCCCAUCUCACCAAGGAGCUGCCUCACCAAAGUGGAGCUGGCCAAGAGCCGGCUGGCAGGGGCCCUGUGCCCCCAGGUACCCCGUACCCCUGCCAAAGUGCCAACCUCAGCCCCUAGCCUGGGCAAGCCCAAUAAGAGCCCCCACAGCAGCCCUACAAAGCUACCUUCCAAAUCACCCACCAAGGUGGUGCCCCGGCCUGUAGUCCCCCCAGCCAAUAAGGAGCCCCCCAAACCUGACAAGGGAAAGGGUCCACCAUGGGCAGACUGUGGUAGCACCACAGCCCAGCCUACACCCCCAGCAGCUGGCCCCACUGACCCAAACCAAGGCCCUGAGGGGCCAGCCCCACACUCCGCCAUCGAGGAGAAGGUGAUGAAGGGCAUCGAGGAGAAUGUGCUGCGGCUCCAGGGCCAGGAGCGGGCGCCAGGCACCGAGGCCAAGCACCGCAACACCAGCAGUAUCGCCAGCUGGUUCGGCCUUAAGAAGAGCAAGUUGCCGGCACUGAACCGCCGCACAGAGGCCACCAAGAGCAAGGAAGGGGCCAGCGGGGGCUCCCCGCUUCGGAAGGAGGUCAAGAUGGAAGCCCGGAAGCUGGAGGCUGAGAGCCUCAACAUCUCCAAACUGAUGGCUAAGGCGGAAGACCUGCGCCGCGCCCUGGAGGAGGAGAAGGCCUACCUAAGCAGCAGGGCCCGGCCACGGCCCGGGGAACCAGCCCCAGGGCCACAGGUGCAGGGCCAGCUAGCUGGCAUGUACCAAGGUGCAGACACCUUCAUGCAGCAGCUGCUUAACAGGGUGGAUGGCAAGGAGCUGCCACCCAAAAGCUGGCGGGAGCCUAAGCCUGAGUACGGGGAUUUUCAGCCAGUAUCCUCAGACCCCAAAAACCCCUGGCCAGCCUGUGGGCCCCGAAAUGGCCUGGUGGGACCUCUUCAGGGCUGUGGGAAACCUCCUGGGAAGCCGAGCAGCGAACUGGGGAGGCGGGAAGAUACCCCCUCAGAGGAUAGCCUGGCCGAGCCAGUGCCCACCUCACACUUCACAGCUUGUGGCUCCUUGACUCGAACCCUGGACAGUGGCAUUGGGACCUUCCCGCCCCCAGACCAUGGCAGCAGUGGGACUCCCAGCAAGAAUCUGCCCAAGACCAAGCCGCCACGGCUGGAGCCCCCACCUGGGGCACCCCCAGCUCGACCCCAACCCCUUACCAAAGUCCCCCGCCGUGCCCACACACUGGAGCGUGAGGUGCCGGGAGUAGAGGAGCUACUGGUGAGUGGGCGGCACCCGAGCAUGCCGGCCUUCCCCGCACUGCUCACUGCGACGCCGGGCCACCGGGGCCAUAAGACCUGUCCUGAUGAUCCCUGUGAAGACCCAGGUCCUCCCCCUCCUGUCCAGCUGGCCAAAAACUGGACCUUCCCCAAUGCAAGGGCAGCUGGCAGCUCCUCUGACCCUUUCCUCUGCCCACCCCGACAACUGGAGGGACUGCCCAGGACCCCCAUGGCCCUGCCCGUGGACCGGAAGCCAAGCCUGGAGCCCAGCCGCCCAUCUCCUACACACCCAGGUCCAGCGUUUGGAGGUAGCCGCACCCCCAGCACAUCAGACAUGGGUGAGGAUGGCAGAGCGGCCAGCGGGGGUGCUCCAGGGCUGGAAACCUCAGAGUCCCUCAGUGACUCUCUGUAUGACUCACUCUCCUCCUGUGGGAGUCAGGGCUGA